CCUACCUCCAAAUUGAAGCUUCUAAAAUCCUGCUGAUUUUAUCCACUCCCAUGGCGGAAAUGAAGAAAACUCAUGUGGCCGUUCUACCCAGUCCCGGGAUGGGUCAUCUCAUCCCGCUUGUUGAGUUUUCUAAGCGACUUGUUAGCCUCCACAACAUCUCAAUUACUUUCAACGUCUCACUUAAGAUGAACGUCGUGAUGCUGACGGAGGACAUAAAAGGCGAAGACGGGCAGAAGGUCUGCUACAGAAUGAAGGACCUGAAGGAAGCCGCCGCAAAUGUACUGAGCCACGACGGCUCUUCCACCACGGCCCUGGCUGAGGUUGUUCUGGCAGAAUAAUUAGAAUCUUACCUACAAUUCCCGACAGUCAAUCGAUCCUUUUAACUUUUUUUUUUUUUUUAAAUCUUUCUGUAUUUUCUUAGUAUGGGGUAAUUAAGGUCAUGUGAUUGUAUCAUAGUGGUGUAUGAAUGUUAGCUUUGGUGGACAUAAUACGGCAAUCACUUAUUUUCUGGUUUUUUUUUUUUUUUUUUUUGCUUAAAUUGGUUAUUUUUUGUGAAGAAGGUGAGACCAAGAUUGGUGUGGGAAAGGGCCAAAAAAAGGAUAUAUUAUUG